AUGGGGGCAGGUUUGGGUCAAUGUCCAAAGGACAAGCCGGAGCGCGUCCUUCAGCAGCGAGUACAGACAGCUCAGCCUAGCCCCCGCAUUGUGAAAAAGGUGUCUCGGUGCUUGGCAGAUGCUGACUGUGGCCCUGGGAGCUUUUGCUUCACUUCCCAUCAGGUCCAGCCCAUCUGCUCUGCUUGCAGGGGGCUAAGGAGACAGUGCCAACGUGAUGAAAUGUGCUGCUCGGGGAGCCACUGUUUAAAUGAUGUAUGCACACGAACAGAAGGGCAGAUUGCAGAAAAGCCAUCCGAGGCUACACAACCUCAGAAAAGAAAAGGUGGCAAAAAGGCAAAGAAACCCAAGACUCAAAAAAUAAAGGAGACUCGACGGAAAAAUCAAAAAGAAAAGCUCGACAAAGCACAAAUGAGGAAAGGGUUAGAAGGAGAGACAUGCUUGCGAACAUCAGACUGUUCUGCUGGACUGUGCUGCGCUCGUCACUUCUGGUCGAAGAUUUGUCGACCUGUACUGAAAGAGGGGCAAGUCUGCUCGAAACGUGGUCGCAAAGAAGGCCCACAAGGGCCGGAGAUCUUCCAACGAUGCGACUGUGGCCCAGGUUUAGCUUGUCGCAAUCAAAACCAAGGCACAUCUCAAUCUAUCUCCCGGCUACGAGUCUGCCAACGUGUCUAG